CUUUUUUUGUGUGGAGAACUCUAUCUUGUAUUUCUAGUAUCUUUGCUAUCUAUGCCUAUUCCGAGUGGUUCUCAAAAUGGCUGAGCUGCUCUUAGAUUCAAAUAUUAGAGUUUGGGUGGUUUUGCCAAUUGUUUUUAUAACUUUCUUUGUCGGAAUAAUACGACAUUAUGUAAGCAUUUUAUUACAAAGCCAGAAAAAAGUUGAACUACAACAAGUUAGCGAUGGACAAGCUCUCGUAAGAAGUCGAUGUCUUCGAGAAAAUGGCCGCUUCAUUCCAAAACAUUCAUUUAAUAUACGAAAGUAUUAUUUCAACGAUUCUGAAAAAGGAUUCUUCAAAAGCGAGAAAAGAGAAGGUGCAGCAAUGAAAAAUCCAAUGACAGAUCCCAGCAUGAUGACAGACAUGAUGAAAGGCAAUUUGACUAAUAUUCUGCCAAUGAUUAUUAUUGGAGGUUGGAUCAACUGGGCAUUCUCUGGAUUUGUUAUUACCAAAGUUCCAUUUCCUCUUACACUGCGUUUUAAGCCUAUGUUGCAACGAGGGGUUGAACUUGCCUCCCUUGAUGCCUCCUGGGUCAGCUCAGCAAGUUGGUAUUUUCUCAAUGUGUUUGGUCUGCGAUCUGUUUAUUCUUUAGUCCUUGGAGAAAAUAACGGGGACGUCUACGCACAGUUGGUACUGUUCCAUCUGCAUUGCAGUGAAGACCAAUCGGCUGAUGAUACCAUUCAGAGCAUAGCAGAUGCUCCAAUUGCAAGCACCUCCAUGGGAGAAAAUGUAUUGAAACGGACUGUAGAUGAAGUCUUUCAAAUUAUGGUGGAACCCCUCUUGAUCCAAAAC